AUGUAUUUAAUUGUAUUAGCGCCUUGUGGCUCCAUCACUUGUCAUUCAGCUGCAAAUUGUGUAGAUCCGGAAAGAAGCUAUUGCCUCUGUGCCCCUGGUUAUCGUGGCGACGGUGUUAGAAGGUACUCUAAAUAUUUCUCCAUCAGCAGCUUUUCCUUUUAUGUAAUUUCAGAUUUUGACGGAAGAAUAAGUCUGAAUUUUCAAGGCAAUGCUACAAUAGAACUAAACCCAUAUCAGCAAGAAUACUUUGAAGUUUACCUCCAUAUUGAUUCAAAUGGAAGGAGUGCUAGUGGUAUCCGGAAUAAUGCUUCAUCGUCCAAGACUUUUAGGACCCUAGAGCUGCUGCAACCUAUAUUUUACUUAUUGAACUCUUUGCUAGCGGCAAACUGCAAAUCAACUAGUCAGACUAGCUUAUCUAACUGGCUUAAUAAAAACUUAGAUAUUUUGGAUCUAUAUUCACUGGCUGGUGGAUUAAAGCAGCCACUCGUAGUUAAUUUUUACUUUGAUGUGCUUGGUCAUGGCCGUCUCAAGGCUACGCUUAGAAUGCAAGCAGAAAAUUCUGUUGAAGGCUACGAAGGUGCCCAGAUUGAUGGAACUAUCUUUCUGCAAAUAGGUCUUGCAGACCAAGGUAAAAGAUUUAUCGAUUUGCAACAGAGCUAUCGAGUGCGCACGCCGGAUAGCCUGCCUGAAAUAGAAAGUGGGAACGGAGUUGUCAGCGUCAUGGAUCCUGCUACUACUAGACUGAAGAAUUAUAAUUUUCGAUAUAGAGUGAUAGGCGAAAAUAAAAUUGAAAUAGCAGAGCAGACGGUGAUUAUGGACGCGCUGGAAUUCACAGGCGGACCCGAGAUACUCGAAAUCAGGUGGUCAGCUGAGGCUAGCAUCGAUAAGGAGGGUAUAAACGGAGAUACCAGUAGCAGCUGUCUUGUGACACCGCUGCAUCCGCGUGUGCGUGAUAAAAUAUUCUACAUUAAGGGGCAUCAGCGGAGUUAUUGCAACGUAGACUGCCAAGCAGAAAAUUUUGAUUGCCACCUUUUCUGUGUUGAUGAGCCAAUUCUAACAUCCCAUGAACCUGGUUCGUAA